AUGCCUCUCGUCACCACCACCGAGUUCAACGAGGAUACUCGAGUCCUGGGCUACGACGCUUUACUGCAGCCCCAGUACUUGCAAAAAAGAGAUCGCUGCGGUGAGUCAUCCCCUGCACGCGCGAAAGAGACCGUCCGCAGAGGCCGCAAUGAGGCUGUCGAGAUCAUCGAGCAGCGCGAUGACCGUCUGAUGGUCGUCGUGGGGCCCUGCUCCAUUCACGACCCAGACACUGCUCUCGAGUACGCCCGCCGCCUGAAGGAGAUAUCCGACAAAUUGUCCAAGGACCUGCUCAUCAUCAUGCGGGCUUACCUCGAGAAGCCCCGUACCACCGUUGGCUGGAAGGGCCUGAUCAACGACCCCGAUAUCGAUGAAUCGUACGACAUCAACAAGGGCCUGCGCAUUUCCCGGAAGCUGUAUGUCGACCUGACCAGCACCGGUCUGCCCAUUGCCUCCGAGAUGCUCGACACCAUCUCCCCCCAGUACCUCGCCGACCUGAUUUCUCUCGGUGCGAUCGGUGCCCGUACGACUGAGUCGCAGCUGCACCGAGAGCUCGCGUCCGGUCUAUCUUUCCCCAUUGGCUACAAGAACGGUACCGACGGCAAUCUGACCGUCGCCGUGGAUGCUAUUGGCGCCGCUGCCCACCCUCACCGCUUCCUCGGUGUCACCAAGCAAGGUCUGGCUGCAAUCACCAAGACCUCCGGUAACGAGCACGGCUUUGUCAUCCUGCGCGGUGGCAACAGGGGAACCAACUACGACCGCGACAGCAUCCGGGGGGCUCGCGAGGCGCUCCGCGCUAAGAAGCAACGUGAGGUCCUGAUGGUCGACUGCUCCCACGGCAACUCCAAAAAGAACCACCUCAACCAGCCCAUCGUCGCCAAGGAGGUUUCCGAUCAGCUCCGUGAGGGCGAGACCGCUAUUGUCGGUGUCAUGAUUGAGUCCAACAUCUACGAAGGUAACCAGAAGAUUCCCCCCGAGGGACCUUCCCACCUGCUCAAGGGUGUCAGUAUUACCGAUGCUUGUAUCAACUGGGAGAUGACGGUCGACGUACUGAACGAUCUGGCUGAUGGUGUGCGCGCUCGCCGUGCGGCCCUGAAGUCCGCAACUAACGGCGCCCACUAA